AUUGGGGCGGAGAGGACAAUCAGAACUUCACCCCUUGCUGGGGUCCUCAGUUGCAGUCUGGAGCCUUCUGGGCUGGGCUGCAUUCCGCUGACUGUUGGCUGCCCUGGGCCUUGAGCCCUCUUCUGUGCCAAGGUUUCUGUGAACUCUUUACCAGACCUAGCUGACCAGUGCAAUCAUUUGUCACCAUGUCUUUUGCCUUAAACGGACCGUCAGAACUGCUCUUCUAUGUGAAUGGCAGAAAGGUAACAGAGAAGAAUGCAGAUCCUGAAACAAUGUUGUUACCAUAUUUGAGGAAGAAACUCCAUCUGACGGGGACAAAAUAUGGCUGUGGAGGAGGUGGCUGUGGAGCUUGCACGGUGAUGAUAUCAAGAUUUGACCCAGGGACUAAGAAGAUAAGACAUUAUUCAGCCAAUGCCUGCCUGCUUCCCAUAUGCUCUCUGUUUGGGGCUGCUGUCACCACAGUAGAAGGCAUAGGAAACACCAAAACCAGGAUUCAUCCAGUGCAGGAAAGAAUUGCCAAAUGCCAUGGGACUCAGUGUGGAUUCUGUAGCCCUGGAAUGGUGAUGUCUUUGUACUCUCUUUUGAGAAACAUUCCAAAACCCUCCAUGGAUCAGUUAAUGGAAGCUCUUGGAGGUAACCUGUGCCGUUGCACUGGAUAUCGGCCCAUUGUAGAUGCUUGCAAGACUUUCUGUAAAGGGAAAAAUAGAGACCUAGCUGUAUUGCUGUGGGCUACCGAUUGUUGUCAGAGUAAGGAAAAUGGCAUCCAUUGCUUGGUUCAAGAAGAAAGUGAAUUGCUGGAUUCUGAGCAAGGAAAUGGGACAUGUGAAAAACUCUUUCAAGAAGAGGAGUUUCUGCCACUGGAUCCAACCCAGGAAUUUAUAUUCCCCCUGAACUAAUGAUCAUGGCUGAGAAACAACCUAAAAGAACAAGGGUUUUCCAUGGGGAGCGAAUAACCUGGAUUUCUCCUGUAACACUAAGAGACCUUCUGGAACUGAAAGCCAAGUAUCCAGAUGCACCGAUUGUCAUGGGAAACACCACUGUGGGACCUGAUAUGAAGUUCAAAGGGAUUUUUCACCCAGUUAUCAUUUCUCCUGAUGGAAUUGCAGAACUGAAUGCUGUAAAUUAUUUAGACAAUGGGCUGACAAUAGGUGCUGGUUGUAGCCUAGCCCAAUUGAAAGAUAUCUUGACUGAUGUGGUCUUGAAGCUUCCAGUAGAGAAGGCUCAAACCUACAGGGCUCUAUUAAAGCAUCUGAGGACUCUGGCAGGAUCACAGAUCAGGAAUGUGGCAUCUUUAGGGGGCAGCAUCAUCAGUAGACAUUCAACAUCAGAUCUGAAUCCCCUUCUGGCUGUGGGUAACUGUACCCUUAAUCUGGCUUCAAAAGGUAAGUUAUAAGAAAGGGCAUAAA